CCUUGAGGAGAGACUAUGGGGGAYUGGAACCUGCUGGGCAGCAUCCUAGAGGAAGUACAUGUCCACUCCACCAUCGUAGGAAAGAUCUGGCUCACCAUCCUCCUCAUCUUCCGCAUGCUGGUGCUGGGCGUAGCGGCCGAGGAUGUGUGGAACGAUGAACAGAGCGAGUUCAUCUGCAACACGGACCAGCCGGGYUGCAAGACCGUCUGUUACGACCAGGCCUUCCCCAUCUCCCUCAUCCGCUUCUGGGUCCUGCAGGUCAUCUUCGUGUCCUCACCCUCCCUCGUCUACAUGGGCCACGCGCUCUACCGCCUGCGCGCCCUGGAGAAGGAGAGGCACCGGCGGAGGGUCCAGCUGAAGGCAGAGCUGGGGGAGACGGAGGCGCUGGUGGAGCAACACAAGCGCAUUGAGAAGGAGUUGAAGAGGCUGGAGGAGCAGAGGAAGGUGAAGAAGGCUCCACUGAGAGGGUCCCUGCUGCGGACGUACGUCAUCCAUAUCCUAACGCGCUCCGUGGUGGAGGUGGGCUUCAUCAUGGGCCAGUAUAUCCUGUAUGGCAUCGGACUGGAGCCUCUAUAUAAAUGCGAGAGGAUGCCUUGCCCCAACAGCGUGGACUGUUACGUGUCCAGGCCCACGGAGAAAACAGUGUUCAUGGUGUUCAUGAUCGUCAUUGCCGGGGUGUCUCUCUUCCUGAACCUCCUGGAGAUAUCCCACCUGGGCAUCAAGAAAAUCAAACAGACUCUGAAGGGAGACAAGUACCCAGCAGACAACGACAGUUUGAUUUACAAGCCGAAGAAGAAAGCGAUGAUACAGCAACUGUGUGUGUCUUCUCACAAUGGGCCGCUGACUCAGACCAUCUUCAAAGUCAUUCCUGAAGAGGAUCUGAACCCAAUGGACCCACCUCCCCACUACAUACCAAACCACGAGGUUCCCAGGCACAACAGCGUGGCUCCAGGCCAGUACCUGGCCAACUGCACUGGCCUUCAGCCCCAUCAGCACUACCAGCAGCAGCAGCAGCUCCAGCAACGUCAGCCCAGCCAAGGGAUGAUCCAGACCCUGCACCUUCAGGGAGCCCCAGAGAACCACACCCCCACCAUGGUUGACCAGCACCGUCCAGCCUACGGAGGAGUUUUCUUGAAUGGAGACAGUGGGCCCAGGAACCUGCAGGGUCAGCCGAACCAUAAGGACCCCAAUUUACACCCUCAAGACCACUACCAGCCCAGCCACAUGGAAGUAGUACCUGUGCCUAUUGCAACACACAGACCCAGCAUCAUGACAACACACAGACCAAGCUUGGCUCUGAGGGACAUAGACCUGGAGGAAGAUAGGAGGAACUCAAUGGGCAGCGACUUCCUCUUGCCUAACCCAGGAAGGAAGCAAAGCUUCAUGACACGUAUGCCCUCUGAGAGCAUGUCCACCAUCAGUGACUGCAGCAGCAACUCUCUACGGACAUCCGACUCUGAACUGGGCGACAUGGGGGACAUGCCCAUGAUGCCACCCCCUGGAAGGAGAAUGUCAAUGGCAAGUAGAGCCAAGAGACAGGCAGCCUCUGACCUAGUGGUUUAGAGAGCCAUAAACAC